CCGAAUACCACCUUCACCACCUGUACCAGGCCAGCGCCAUGGAACCACUCCGUCACCACCCAGGCCAAAGCGGCUUCAAUGCAUCAGCCUACGUCCCAACCCAAGAGCAAGUCCGCAAGUCUAUUAAAGAAGUGCGUGCCACGCCACGCAGUUCUCGUCUACUCAUCCGAGUGGUCACCCUUGGAGUCGCCAUCUCUCUGAUCGGUACACUCGGCCACACGUCAAUCGUAUGGUUUCAAACUCGCAAUGUCAUCUCCAACACAGCAAAUGGGUCGCGGCAACGAGCAUGGCCAGACCAUAUGGACUUGUGGCCGACCUGGGUCAUGCUAGGCGCUGCCGUAAUUUCAAUUUGCUUUUCAAUCCUUGCAUUGUUGAGCUUGUGCGGACCGGUAUGCCGAGAACUAUGACCUACCUUGUCUUCGGGAGCCUCAGCUGACUCGAUGUGUUUUGGGUACAACGUCUUCGCGAAACCAAUUUCCACACGUGGAUUGUCUUUUCCACUUCUCUGCUGGGCAUCGCAGCUUGGGUCGCAGCGGCGGU